AUGGCUUUGCAACGCACUCCACCUAAUAAAUUUUCGUCUAACCCCGAUAUACCCCUGUCUACUGACACGGAAAUCCUUUAUGUAAACCCUCGGAAGCGUAAACAACCUGACGUAGAAGAUGCAAUUGCAUUACUGGAGAAAAAAUUUGAACAGCAAUUGUUGAUGUGGAAUGAGAAAAUAGCGCAAAGUAUAACGGGUGGCAUAACGGCUGCCGUUAAUUCUGCUCUGGCCGGCGAAAUGUCAAAAUUAUCAGCCACACUAUCAGAUAUAAAUACCAAUAUACAAAAACUCAAUGCAGACAACGUCCGCAUUAAUAAUGCGCUGACUGAGACCAACUUGCGCCUGACUGAUAUGGAGAAAUCUUUAAACUUCUCAGCUGAGCGACAGGACUUAUUUGACAACAAAAUAAAAGCCCUUGAGGAUAAAAUUUCCCCUACUAUCGUUUUGUCAACUCAAUUACAAGCUCUCGAGAAUAAGGUGGCGGACUUGGAGCAACAAGCUCGGGAAUGUAAUAUUGAAAUAUGUAAUGUACCCGAAAGACGCAACGAAAACCUUGUGCACAUAUUGGAAUCUAUUGGGAAUGAAAUAAAUCAUCCGAUAAGAAUAUCUGACAUUACAUCUGUUCACCGAGUACCUCAUGCGGACCAAAAGAAUCCGCGUCCAAAAAAUAUCAUUGCGAAACUCACCUCCAGGCUGCUACGUGAUAAUUUUAUUUCAGCUUACCGCACUGGAAAGGGAUUGGACACCACUAAACUAUCCAUAACAGGCUCCCCACACAAAAUAUUUGUUAAUGAGCACCUUACACUUAAAAAGAAACAUUUAUUUCGUCAAUGUCGUGAAGCUGCAAGAAAAUAUGAAUAUAAAUACGUGUGGAUCAAACAUGGAACGAUCCUGGCACGUAAAUCGGACACUGCCGCGGUUAUUGCUAUCCGUUCACCCCAAGACAUAUCAAAAAUCAUUUAAAUUUGCAUGUUUCAACGAAAACAUAAGUUUUACCUAUUGCUAUCACACAUUUCACUAUAUUUUGUUGUUUAAUUUUGUUCUAAUUUUGGUAUUUUCCAUUAUCAUAACAAUGCGGGUGGAUUUAUUUUCUUUUAUUUAUAACGAGCUCACGUUCGAGUGCGCAGCGGCAACGUGUAUCCAAAACUACGUUUAUAUUAUGACUGACACAGUAUUUUUCUUUGUGCAUCUCAAAAAUGAAAUUAGGGUUUUUAC